UAUAUAAAAAAAAUGGAACCUAUAAUUAUUGUUCAUGGAGGUGCUGGAGAUAUUCCUCAGAGCCGUGUUCAAGGGAAAUUAAAUGGAGUCAAAGCUUCAGUGGCUGUUGGGCAAAAAAUCUUAGCCCAAGGAGGCAGCGCCUUAGAUGCUGUAGAGGCUGCAGUUGUACUCAUGGAAAAUGAUGAAUAUUUUAAUGCAGGAUAUGGAUCUGUUUUAAACUUGCGGGGUGAAGUAGAAAUGGAGGCCAGUAUGAUGUGUGGAAAGAAUCUAGAUGUAGGCGCUGUUGCUCUAGUCAAAGAUUUUCCACAUCCAAUAAGCAUUGCUCAUAAAGUUCUUACAAAUUCUCCACAUUCACUGUUAGGCGGUGAAGGUGCUAAAAUUUUUGCUUUAGAAAUGGGAUUUUCUACAGUACCUCCAGAAUCUUUAAUAAGUGAAAAUGCAAAGAACGCUUUAAAUGAUUUUUUAAAACAAGGAGAGUUUGGUAGAACUGAAAUAGGUGUUAAAGAUGAGGGAGGUGUUGGGACAGUAGGUGCUGUUGCGGUGGAUUGGAACGGUCAUGUGGCUGUAGCCACCAGUACGGGGGGUAUGAGUGGCAAAGUAGUGGGUCGUAUUGGUGACACCCCACAAAUUGGUAGUGGGACCUACGCUGAUGAUAAUAUUGGUGGAGUAUCUACAACAGGUCAUGGAGAAUCUAUUUUAAAAUACUGCUUAGCACACAGCAUAAUCAAGCUGAUGGAAAGAGGAAAUGAUGCUAAUACUGCGACUAAAAUGGCAGUUGAUGGAAUGACUAGUCGCCUAAAGAAUACAGCAGGUGCAAUAACUUUGUCCAAGACAGGUGAUGUCGGAAUUAGUUUCAGUACAAACAGAAUGGCCUGGGCUUACAUAAAAUCAAACAAGAUAUUUUAUGGCAUAGAAAAAAACGAGGUUCACGAAGAAGAAUACAUUUCAGCAUAGUUCUUGUGGUCUUAUGAUUAAAUACAUAAAUAAAUUAUACAAA